AUGGAAGUAGAACCAGAUACAUCUCCGCCGUCGCAACGGCCGCGUCGUUCAAUCUGCGACAACUGCGACCGCCCACUUCCAGUCUGUCUCUGCCACGUCAUUCCGGUCCCACCAAUCCCAACAACUACACAAAUCCUAAUAGUCCAACAUCCACACGAGUCUCACCACAAGCUCUCCACUACACCUCUACUCACCAAAUCACUCCUCCACGCCACCGCCCUCACCGCCCGCCGCCUCACCCCUAACCUCCUCCAACCCCCCUCUCCGGCCACCGCCGCCACUUUCUACCUCUUCCCUCCAACGUCUACCUCACCCGCCCUAACACUAUCCGAGCUCAAAAAAACAAUUACUAAAAUAAAAAUUACCGAAAAUACCCCUGUGGUUUUAAUCGCAUUUGAUGCCACGUGGAAGCAUGCGAAAGAGAUGGUAAGUGCGAGCGAGGGGUAUUUGAGUAAAUUUGCAACAAGGGUGUGUCUGGACGGUUUUGAUGAAAAUUUGGAAGGUGGGAGCAUAUACAAGUCAGAGCUGGUGUUGAGAAAGGAGCCGUGUGGUGGCUGCGUCAGUACGUUGGAGGCGGUGGCGCGGUGGUUAGGGGCGGUGGAGAAGAAUGGGCCGGUGAUCGAGGAAAGAUUGAUUAGGGUUUUGAGAGAGAUGGUUAGAUUGCAGGCCCAGUUUUUGAAGCCUAUGAAGCCCAGGCCCAAGGUUUUGAAGAAAAGCAAGCAAAUAAUGGACAGCCGAAGCAAAGAGUGAAAGAGAAUUUUACGGAGAGACUGUUUUUGUAUUACAAUCAAUUCUAUUAUCUUACAUUGUUUUUGGUUUAAAUAUUUAACAAAUUAUUUUAUUUACAAAUAA